AUGGUAUAUAAUGCAUUGGAUAACUCUGAAGAUUAUGGAAUGGAAGGUUCUACCAUACAACUUUAUCAAAACGGGCAGGUGUAUGCUUGGACACAAGUUCGUCUAAAUACUGAAUGUGAAAUUAAAUCUAAAAAAUAUCCAUUCGACGAACAGAUUUGUACCAUUAUUUUGUCGAAAUUUAUGAAUACAGAUGAAAGAGUCAUGUUGAAGUCACAAAUAAAUGAAGUCCUGUUGCUGUAUUACGAACAUACCGCUGAAUGGGAAGUGAUAGAUAACUAUGUAACAUUUGACACGUACCAUUUUAACGUGACUGUAGACGUUUUGACGUACACGUUUAUAAAUUACAAAUUCAAAAUUAAAAGGGCAUGCCGUCUGUGCCUUAUAAACGUUAUCAUACCAGUUUUAAUAUUAGCAUCGCUUAACUUGAUAUCGUUCUUUAUACCUUGUGAAAGUGGGGAGAAAACCAGCUUUCCUAUUUCCAUAUUUUUAACGAUGGCGGUAUUUCUGACGAUAAUUUCACGGGAAAUGCCGGAAUCUAUCGACGGCGUUUCAUACCUCAGUUCAUACGUCACUGUUUUACUUGGUAUUGGAGCAGUUACUACCCUGUGCUCGGCGCUUUCGUUACGUUUUCAUUUCAGAGCCAGUCCCAAAUCAGUUUCCAAAUUCUGGCGUUUUUUGGUGAAAUUUCUUGUUACUGUAUCAGAUGAUAAGGAUGAAAACAAGAAUGUAGAAAAUGAUGACAUUAAAAUGCAAAGGAAGCGUAGUCUUUCCCUUAUCUCAAACAAUGAUUUAGAAAUGAAGAAUAUGAGAUGUUCUGCCAGUCCAGACGUGACAUGGAAACAAGUAUCCCUUGCAUUUGACAGACUUGCCUUCUUUGUUAUGUUAAUUUUGGAAGUUAUUUCAACUGUUGUAUUCUUAGAUCUAAUGUUCCGAUAG